GCGCGCCAAUGCCGGGACCUACCCAAACGCUGUCCCCAAAUGGCGAGAACAACAACGACAUCCUGCAGGAUAACGGCACCAUCAUCCCCUUCAGGAAGCACACGGUGCGCGGGGAACGUUCCUACAGUUGGGGAAUGGCGGUCAACGUGUAUUCUACCUCUAUAACCCAAGAGACUAUGAGCAGACAUGACAUCAUUGCAUGGGUUAAUGACAUAGUAGCUUUAAACUACACAAAAGUCGAACAACUUUGUUCAGGAGCAGCUUACUGCCAGUUCAUGGACAUGUUGUUCCCAGGGUGCAUUAGCUUGAAGAAAGUAAAAUUUCAGGCAAAGCUGGAGCACGAGUACAUUCACAAUUUCAAACUUCUGCAAGCAUCAUUUAAAAGAAUGAAUGUGGAUAAGGUGAUUCCAGUGGAGAAAUUGGUGAAAGGGCGCUUCCAAGACAACUUAGAUUUUAUCCAAUGGUUUAAGAAGUUCUUUGAUGCCAACUAUGAUGGUAAAGAGUAUGAUCCUGUCGUGGCUCGACAAGGCCAAGAUGCUCUCCCCCCACCAGAUCCCGGUGAACAGAUCUUUAACUUACCAAAAAAGUCGCAUCAUGCAAACUCCCCCACUGCAGGUGCUGCUAAAUCCAGUCCAGUUUCUAAACCAGGGUCCACACCUUCUCGUCCAUCGUCAGCAAAAAAAGCCACACCAAGCAGCUCAGCAUCCAAAUCAGAUAAAGAUUUGGAAACACAAGUCAUACAACUCAGUGAACAGGUACAUUCAUUAAAACUUGCACUCGAAGGCGUGGAGAAGGAAAGGGAUUUCUACUUUGGAAAAUUAAGGGAGAUCGAACUUCUCUGCCAAGAACAUGGGCAAGAAAAUAAUGACCUUGUCCAAAGGCUAAUGGAAGUCCUUUAUGCUUCAGAAGAACAUGAGAGCCACACAGACGAGCAUGAAGGCGAGGAGCAGGUCCAUGAACAGCCCCAACAGCAGGAAGAAUACUGACCUGUCCAACAUCUUUGACAGUUUUCAUUCUGUGUGGGAACUUUCUUCUGGAGAAAGGAACAUGUGUGGCCUCAAACUCGAAACCAGUCACUCCCAGUCUGCCAUUAACAUUUAUGUACCGUAGCGAGUGCCAGCAAACCACUGCAUUCUGUACCCAUAUUUUGCCAAGAUGCAUUUGCAGAAGUCUUCUUUCAGUGUGUCUACCUGAGAGGUCGUAGGGCUACAUCACCUACUGUACAUCACUGCAACUUCACCACUUGGCUGCUUGAGAUUUGUUCCGCUUUUUAAAAAAUAUAUAUAUUUAUUUUUUCUUUUUGUCUUAAGUAUGAUACAUUUGUAAUUUGUUCUAAAAUGUUUAUAUUGGCAUCUCGUGUGGCAAGAAGUAUUGUACCACUAGAUGUGUUUGUCACUUGGUGGUGCUUUGGUAUUUUCAAGUACAUCUGCCUCGGGGCAUAAAUUUGGUCAAACAAUUGGAACAAAGGGAUACAUUAGAAGUGAUACUCAAGCUAUAAUGAUGAGGUGUGUGUUGUGGAGGGAAAAGGCGUAUGUGACUCAUAUCG